AUGAGAUUGAGGGUUGCACAGACUGUUGAAAUUACAGCUCCGAGUAGUAACUAUGAGUAUCACGAGCGGGAAAUGAUGGAGUCUGCUACUCCUUAUGCACGCCAUCCUGCACCGCGGAAACGUCGCCGUCCAGCGUUGGCCUGCGAACAAUGUCGUCGCCGGAAAAUUAAAUGCGACCAGAAUUUGCCAUGCAAUCAAUGCCAAAGGUCCAAAAGCAUCCCAAUACAUGCAUGUACCUAUGUGCCAGCUGCCACGCCGUCUUCUUUUGCUUCUACCUCAAGACUGUAUGCCAGUCUACCUUCACAGAAACAACUACACCCACCGCUACCGCUACCGCUACCGCCGCAGCAGCAGCGGCAGCUGCCUCAGCCUCGACCUCAACUAACUCCAAAGCUCACUGCAUCUAUCUCUCGAGGGAACCGUUAUGGGAACACUCACGCAUAUCCCUCCCCUGGGACUGCAAAUCUAUCGGACCAGAGUUCAUAUGCGGAUGAUCAGAGGAGUGAUAUUGCUAGAUCUGCUCCCAAUGCUGGUCGGAACUUCGAGUCUGCGGUGACAAUCCAGGCUCUGCUCGACCGUGUCCAGCUGUUGGAGAAGAAGCUGGCUGAAAAUGCAGGCACGUCUACGAUUGAUAUAUCUUCAUCACCCGCAAGCAGGCUGUUAGCUUCUUUGGAGGUUCCUGCAGAGUCCGAACCUGCUGUGAGAGGGGUCUUCUCGAAAACGAGGUUUUUCGGUUCCAGUCAUUGGAUGAAUUGUGCUAGAGAGUUCCAUACGGUGUAUGGCUUGAGGGCUCGGCUUGAGGUAGAGGAUGAUACAGGGAUAGCCAAAAUAUUAGAUCGAUGCAAGGUAUUGGCAAGAGCUGCCAAAAUUAGACGACCAAUUCGCCAACCAGAUCCUGCGGAUUUUAAAGACCUGGUGCCAACGCGUGAGACCGCCGACCUACUUGUUCAAGGCUAUCUCCGUACCUUCGAGACUGUCUAUCGAAUCCUGCAUGUGCCCACUUUCCAGCAAGAAUAUCUUCAAUUCUGGAGCAAUCCACAGUCGGCCAGCCCUGCUUUUGUAGUUCGGUUGCUUCUCGUUAUGGCUCUCGGCACUUGCUUUUAUAAGGGUCAAGAUAUCUCUAUAACGCCACGGACAACCGCAGCGCCGUGGGUCUAUGCCGCUCAGGCCUGGCUAGGUGGCCCUUCAGAGAAAACCCGUGUUAAUAUCUCUUGUGUACAGAUACAGUGUCUUCUUCUUUUAGCCCGGCAGACCUGUGCAAUUGAUGGUGACCUGGUUUGGAUAUUGAGUGGCUCCUUAUUACGAGCAGCAAUGUACGUUGGUCUACAUCGCGAUCCACAACAUCUUCCAAAGAUGCCCAGCUUCCAAGCAGAGCUACGGAGAAGGCUAUGGGCUUCCGUGCUGGAAAUUGUACUGCAGUCAAGCAUGGAUGCGGGUGGAGCACCGCUGAUCUGUCGUGACGAUUAUGAUUGCGAACCUCCAUCGAGUAUUGACGACCUGGACAUGAAUGCUGAUGACCCCGCCGCCUUGCCCUUCAUCACGGACAAAUUCACACAAACUACAGUCCAAAUUGCGCUUAUGAAGUCCGUCCCCGUCAGGCUUGAGAUGGCAAAAGCGAUGAACGGUAUACGCCACGAGCUUUCGUACGAUGAAGUGCUGAAACUCAGCAGUGAGCUCAUCACCAUCCAUCGAGAAAACUCGCUUUAUCUCCUCAAUACAGGAUAUUCUUCGCAAGAGGGAACCACGCGACCAACUCCGUUUCAAAUGAACUGUAUCUCUGUCCUCACUAAUAGGUUUAUACUGGCUCUACACCACCCAUUCGCUGUCAAAUCAAAAACAAACCCUCGAUUCUAUUUCUCCCGAAAAAUCUGUCUCGACGCAGCUCUCCACAUCCUUUCACCUAGCGGAGGUAUGAACACCACUAACAACAAUGGUUGCAAUCCUUGCAUCAAUGGAAAUCCAAACGCAAACUCCCGGAACUCCAACGAUCACGAUGACUUUUACCGCCUAACACUCCACUCCGGAGCCUUCGUUCGCAGCACCCUCAUCUACGCGAAGUUCACCAUCUGCCUCGAACUUCUUUAUCAGCUGCAGGAGGACGCCUCGUCGAUCUUCCCUUCUUCCGUUGCUCCAUUUCUGUCCUGUUCAUUGUCAGCAGCGUCACGAUCAUGGCGAAGUGAGCUGCAUGCCGCAACAGAGAAUUACAUGCAAUUGGCCAAGGGGCGGAUCCUGGCGGGCGAGACGAAUAUUAAGGGGUAUCUGUUCGGCAGGUGUGUGAUGGCGCAGAUCAAGGCGAUGGAAGACGGGGUGGCAGAUAUCGAACAAGCGAUUAUAGAGGCGGGUAAGGUGGCGGUUGCAGAAUGCUAUACGUGGUUAAAGGAGCGGGCGCAACAGUUUGGGUGUGGGGAGGUUGACGAGCAAGAGGAGGGCGGGGGUGCGGGGGCGAAUGACUGUAGUAAUAAUGACUAUGACGGAGGGUAUGAGAAGUAUCAGGGGAUUGAAUGGGAAGGGUUGGUGAGUUUCAUCUCUAUUUUGGUUCUCUUGCUUUCUUCCUAUUGA